CAGCUGGUCGGCGCGGAUGUCGGCGGGCUCGUCUCCAUGAUCGUGCAGGCCACGAUUACGGCUCGUCAGAACAAGACUGAGUGCGAGCAGCUCGCGCGUCGGGUCCUCAUGAUCGCGCAGCUGUUGCCGCAUGUCCAGGAGCCAGAGGCGGUGCAGCCGCUGGCCGGGCUGGGCGACACGCUCCGGGACGCCCACGAGCUCGUCAUGUCUUGCCAGGUGAGGAGCGCAGCGUACCGGCUUGUCAUGGCUGGCAGGACGGCCGAAAGGUUCAGGGAGGUCCAGAGCAAGAUCGACUCCUACCUCAUCCUCUUCCCUGUGAUCAGCCACAUCGGCAUCACACGCCGCCUCGAACGGAUCUACAACGUCCUUGUGCCAGACGCCUCCACGACAGGUGAACCGCCGCGUCCAGUUCCACAGCUGCAGGAGUUUACAGAGGUCGUCGCCGGUCAGGAGGUACUACUGCCGCAUGGAACUCAUGAAUUCACACUGUCUGAGAUCGUGGCUGCCACCAAUAACUUCGCCAGUGACACCAAGAUUGGUCAAGGUGCUUCAGGCACGGUGUACAGGGGCAGGCUUCAUGAUGGGCAACAAGUGGCCGUGAAGUGCAUGUGGACAAAACAGCUAAAAAGCCAUUACGGAGUAGAAGAGGAAUUCCACACAGAGCUCGACAUCCUCUCACGGCUCCGGCACAAACACAUCAUCCGCCUCCUUGGGUCGUAUUUUAGCAAGGACAGCCCGCAAAAGAAAAGAAAUGGUCUGCUAACAAGGUGGAGAAAGGAGACAGAAGAGCCGGAGAAGUUGAUCGUCUACGAAUACAUGGAGAAUGGCACGCUCUUCCACCACCUUCACCCUGAUCAGUCCUCCAUCAGUCCAUCGCCGGUGACGACGUCAUGGAAGAUGCGCCUCGAUGUGCUUCUGGGUGUGUCCCGUGCUAUUGAGCACCUGCACUGUCACCAUGCCCACAUGCCGAUCAUACACCGUGACAUCACCACAUCUAACAUCCUUCUCGACGCAAUUUGGGUGGCGCGUGUGUCGGACUUUGGUUUGUCGGCGACCUGGGACAUGGCCAGUGAUGAGACGGGGUUCGAUGCCCCUUACAUGGCAGCCACAUUGGGGUACAUGGCCCCAGAGACCGCCUGCAGUUUUCGUGUGAAGCCGGUGACCGACGUGUACAGCCUGGGAGUGGUGAUGCUUGAGGUUCUUACAGGGAGAAAGGCGUUUGAACAAGGGAAUCGUUAUUAUUUUGCGGAGUUUGCGUCCCGCGUCAUUAAGGCUGGUAAUAUCGAGGAGUGGCUGGACAGGCGACCUGAACCGGAGCCAAUGCCAUGGCAGCUGCAGGCGCUGAAGCGUGUGGCUCGGACUGCACGACAUUGCGUCAAGUUGGACAUCAAGGACCGGCCAGCCAUAUCAGACAUCGUUGCCAACCUCGAGAUGGCAUACGAGUUGUUCUGCAGAGACGAGUCGGGUUCCGUUGACGAGUUACCAGACUCACCGGCGUCACCGCGUGACAGGAGUGUGUUCUCAGUAGACUACCAACCCGAUCAGGAACCUGAGGUGUUGGAUAAAGGGCGUUGACAGAUGACACCGAUGGUUGCCGGGGGAAGGCUUCACGGUGGCCGUCAAGCGCUUCAAUCACACGCGCUUGUUUGUGUGGGCAGUUUAGGAUGAUGAUGGCAGACCAACUAUAUAUAUAUGUGUCGCUGUAAUUUACAAGCCUGCUGUAGGAUGCACUCAAGUCCCAUGGAUUGAUGUUGGCAGUUCGGCAUUCUUUUGCCAUGUUUCUUUGCUGAAACCAUAAUAAGCAGGUAGAAUUAGAGGUCGUUCGUCAGAGCUGGCUGCCGCUGAAAACCUUGGAGGCAGAGUUCACCUUGAAAGAUCAGCAUAUCGUCAUCUCUUGUUAAAAAUCAAAG